AUGGACGAAGCCACAUUCCAGAAUGAACUCAUCUCGCUGAAAUACCGCAUCGGCGAAAUGGCCUCCAUGUAUCAGCAGCAGCCAUCUCAACUGUUCUCACCCACGCCGCCUGCCACCGAUGCGUUCUCACAUCGCCUCGAUGAGGUCAAAGCACGCAUGCAAGCUUUGCAGGCGAGUCUUUAUCACGUUACGGCCUUGAGGGAUCGCUCGACCCAGAACAAGCCCACGCCACCCGCGCACCCAGCUCACUUGUUCGACGAGAAUGCGUUACAUGUACAGCAGAGCAGGUUGUCUCUCCCGUCAGGUCCGCUUUUCUGGCAAUUGUUUACCUCUCUACGCUCGGACGUGCAAGGCCUAGGCAGUCGCGUUGCUACACUGGAGCAGAAUUGCUCAGAGCUCGAGGACAGAGUUGAUGGUCUUGAUCCACAUCAAUUCACGCCAGCUGGCAGCGACCUCUCCUUUGGCAACCCCCAGCAAGACUUUACAUUUGAAAGAGGCUACGACCCGUUCGGCAGUUCCAGACCGCUACCAUUCGGCAUCUCGGCCGACGCUCUGUAUGGCAAUCGGAAUGUGGGAGUCGAGCUUCCCGCCGCUGGAGAGAAUGCCGCGCCCAAGACUCAGCCUGUGCCUGCUGUCGAAGGCGUUGCUUUCAGAGAUAAGGAAAUUGCAAGGCUCGAGGAACUGAUGCGAGCUAUUCAGGAAAGCCUCAGGCACCAUGAGGACCUUGUUGGCCGAAAGGACGCUGAGCUUGAGCGACUGAACUCGGACCGGCAAGACGGAGAAGCCAGAAUCUUGGAGCUCGAACGCACUGUCGCUGAGCGGAAUAGCACGAUCAGAGCUUACAGCGAUAUGAUGGCUGAGAAAGACAGUGAGAUUGAGGACCUGCGUGCUGAGAGUAGGUCGAAGGAUGAUUCUUUGCAUACCUGGACCUAUCGCCACCAUACCAUUCAACAAGCUUUUGUACACAACCAGACCGAGCUCUAUCAUGCCGAUCAGCAGAUUCAGCAGCUCCAAGGAGCUCUCUAUGAAUCGCAGAGAAGCGAUCAAGACGAGCUGGAAAACAAGACGAGAGAAAUCACGAAGUUGCGUGAGUUUUACGAAGCCAAAGAAGCCAUCGUGCACGAGCAAGACCAGAUUGUAGCGAGGGGAGCCAAGCUCCUCGAAGAGCGAGACAGCGAAAUAGAGCGAACUAGCAAGGAGCUCCAGGUGCUCAAGGACGACAUUCGCAACGAAUCCCGGGAACGCAUUAGAUUCGCGAAAUUACUAGACGAAAGAGAUGAGGAGAUUCUUCAGUUGAGGGCGUCUCUCGAUCGAGCGUUGAUGCCACGACCAACAAAAUCCAAAGCCCGCAAUGACAGCACUGACAUCAAGCAAGAUGAAUAUAGCGAGAAGGGCAUGCCUUGCUCUCCUUUCGCGACUGCCGGAUCGUCCGUUAAGCGAGCGCGCCCUGCAUCGGCCGAGUGGACUCCACGAGCUAUCGACAAUUACGCUAGGCUGCCGUGGGAGCAGAAGCGUGCAUCUCUUUGGAAAAGGGGUGCAGCAGCAAACGAGCUGAGGUUCGGUGUGCCUGGCUUGGUCGCCCAAAGGGAGAACGCGUCAGAGGAAGCCAACACAACUUCAGGCAGUCAGAGGCGGGACCCUCGGCGGAGCGACAGCCUGAAGCUGCUGCAAAGGCUUGCGCUGGUGGAAGAGGGUGGAAGGCCUCCUGCAAGCGCGAUCGAAGAUGACAAGCUGCCAAGAGCAAGACUGCCCUUGGAUGCCACGAGACCGCCGUUGCCUGCACCGCCGUCACCGCGAAAAGUGGCAUCGGCAGAAGACCUCGUGACUCGACGCGGUCAUGACGACACGCAGACAGGCCGUCAGCAGCGAAUCUCCCGACAUCAGUCCAUACAACACCUCCCGGGACAUAGGCUGCAGGCGUAUGUUGAAGAAGAUGACAGAGGUGGCGACGCAUAA